UAUCGCUUUCAGCGGAACCACAGAUAUCGAAUGACAUCGGGGCGGCUUCUUCUUAUAUAUGCCCACGGCGUCAGGGCCACUGCAAGCAUUUGCAACAGACAACCAUAUUGAGCAGCAUGUUCAGGUUUAUUCACCUCGACAUCCUGGUCAGCCUGUUUGGCUGUUUUGCAUUGAUGAGGGCACAGCACCACCAGCAAUCCCACCAGCAGGAGCUUUCGGGGCUACAACUCCACCAUCCCCCGUGGCUGUACUCGAUGCCCUGGCGACCUUUGAUCCUGCCCACAGCUAGCCCUUUGCCUUCUUUGGCGGCGCUGGCUCAACUGAGUCCUGGCUACACGGGUCCGCAGACCUUUCCUCCAGUUGCAGAGGAUCAACGACAAUAUCCGCAACAGACGCAGCAAUAUCAGCAGCAACAGCAGUAUCAGCAGCUACAGCAAUAUCAGCCAUAUCAGCAACAUCAGCAACAGCAAUACCAACAGACAUAUCCGCAGCAAUUCCAGCAUCCGUCCGUCCUGGUGGGCCUAUUCACUCCUCAGCUGCAGGCCCCGCCGUUGGCAGCUCCUCCUCCACAGGCUGGCCACUUUAGCCUGCCCUUCAGGCCCUCCCCCUUCGCCGGGUACACGGAUGACGGAGAUGGAGAUGUAGAUCAGGGGCAGGGAUAUAACGGUAUACAAGAGCAAUCGGCCCAGCAGGAACUGGAGGAAGCGCCCUUCCAUGACCAUGCCUAUAAUAAGCCAGUGGCGGAGGGUUCCGAGCAGCCAAGGGGCUACGUCUACUUAGCGCCCAGUAAUGCCUAUAAUCUCGUAAGAACUUAG